AGUUCAGCCCUGUCACGAUCCGUCAUCGACGUGCAGUUAUUUACUGUUUACCAAAAUAUAAUUUUCCGUCUACGGAGCGAUGAGUGACGAAAAGAUCCACUGAAUUGCUGUGUCCAUUCUCGAAUUUUACCAAAGGAGUCAGCAGACGAAGUAGUAAGAAACUCAUCGACAGCGACACACAUAGCGCAGGAAUGAAGUACGCUACGUCACCUACGCCAUCCCGGAGCAACAGCUCGCUGCUGGGGAUGUCUUCCAGAACGGCAUCGCCACUGCCCGCACCGGCCAACUAUCGCGAUUGCAUGAGCGCCACAACGAAAAGCUACAAAUACCUGCGGCGUUUCAUCAAAUUCGACCAAAUGGACUUUGAGUAUGCAAUGUGGCAGAUGGUGUACCUAUUCAUCGCACCGAAGAAAGUCUAUCGCAACUUCAACUACCGCAAACAAACCAAAUCACAAUUUGCUCGAGAUGAUCCAGCCUUCCUGGUGUUGCUAGUGGGUUGCCUUUGUGUCACGUCAAUUGGGUUCGCGUGGGUGUUAAGCUUAGGGUUUCUGCAGACGAUCCUGUUCACACUGUACGUCGUGUUUGUUGACUGCAUAUUCUGCGGCAUGAUCGUGGCCACGCUGCUUUGGGUGAUUGCGAAUCGCUACUUUCGCGAUCGAAACAGCGACUUCGACAUGGAGUGGGGCUACGCGUUCGAUGUGCAUUUGAAUGCGUUCUUCCCGCCCCUGAUACUGCUGCAUUUCAUACAGCUGUUCUUCUACCAUCCGCUAAUUAGCAGGGACUGGUUCAUAUCAACGUUCAUCGGCAACACCAUUUGGCUGUUGGCGCUCGGAUACUACAUCUAUAUCACUUUCCUGGGAUAUAAUGGUACGUGUGUAAGGGUGAGGAUGGUUAGGCGGCUACUAACAUCAUUUCGUUAUACUUUCAGUUGUCCCGUCGCUGAAAAAUACGCGAAUAAUUCUCGUAACACUACCGCUUCUGUGUUUGUUCUACGUCGUGACGUUAAUUAUAGGAUGGAAUUUGAGUGUGUCCCUGAUGUACUACUAUCACUAUCGAGUGUUGUAAACAAUAAAGUUCCAUACUUACAAGGCUGUUGCGCAUUACGAUAUUAUAAGAAGCGUGUGGCGAUGAUUGUUGGUUGGUGGUAGUGAUCACUGUUAAGAGAAGGGUUAAGCAAGAGAAAUAAUUCAAUUAUAAUACAGUAGAAUGUACCAUAGCCAUACUUAGGUAUCCUACAGUAGAUAUAUUAAGCGUAAUACAAUAGAAAUAUGUGCAUAUUCUGAAAAUAUUUCAUACAACGGUUAGCGUUUACGGAGACAGUUUCUGUAAAUUGUGUUUAGGUUAUACGACACUUUAUUUAAUCUACCUUUUUUCAGCAAAAGUGACUAGAAGACGGUGAGUCUAAGAUCCAUAACUAACAGAACAUCGAAACAAAAAAAACUCAAUAAAACCAUAAUAUUUGAAUACAUGCUCCACA